CCCUAGCGCGGCCUUUCAUUUCCGCUUCCUGUGCGGGCAGCGCGCGAGCGCAGCUUUGGGAGGCGGAGACCAGCCGGUUGAGGCCCCAGGCUUGGCCUCACCACAAUGUGGCACGAGGCUCGGAAGCAUGAGCGGAAACUUAGAGGCAUGAUGGUCGACUACAAGAAGAGGGCGGAGCGGAGACGGGAGUAUUAUGAAAAGAUCAAGAAAGACCCAGCCCAGUUCCUGCAGGUACAUGGCCGAGCUUGCAAGGUGCACCUGGAUUCUGCAGUCGCCCUGGCCGCUGAGAGCCCUGUUAAUAUGAUGCCCUGGCAGGGGGACACCAACAACAUGAUCGACCGAUUCGAUGUCCGUGCCCACCUGGACCACAUCCCCGACUACACCCCCCCACUGCUCACCACCAUCUCCCCAGAACAGGAGUCGGACGAACGGAAGUGUAACUACGAGCGCUACCGAGGCCUGGUGCAGAACGACUUUGCCGGCAUCUCAGAGGAGCAGUGCCUGUACCAGAUCUACAUUGACGAGUUGUACGGAGGCCUCCAGAGACCCAGUGAAGAUGAGAAGAAGAAGCUGGCAGAGAAGAAGGCUUCCAUCGGUUAUACCUACGAGGACAGCACGGUGGCUGAGGUGGAGAAGGCGGCAGAAAAGCCAGAGGAGGAGGAGUCAGCAGCCGAGGAGGAGAGCAACUCGGAUGAAGAUGAGGUCAUCCCCGACAUCGACGUGGAGGUGGACGUGGAUGAACUGAACCAGGAGCAGGUGGCAGAUCUCAACAAACAGGCCACGACUUAUGGCAUGGCCGACGGCGACUUCGUCAGGAUGCUCCGGAAAGAUAAGGAGGAGGCAGAGGCCAUCAAGCACGCCAAGGCCCUUGAGGAGGAGAAGGCCAUGUACUCGGGACGCCGCUCUCGACGCCAGCGGAGAGAGUUUCGGGAGAAGCGGCUGAGGGGUCGCAAGAUCAGCCCACCCAGCUAUGCCCGCCGAGACAGCCCCACCUAUGACCCCUAUAAGCGGUCACCCUCAGAGUCCAGCUCGGAGUCCCGCUCCCGCUCCCGCUCCCCGACCCCGGGCCGCGAGGAGAAGAUCACGUUCAUCACCAGUUUUGGAGGCAGCGAUGAGGAGGCAGCCGCAGCUGCUGCUGCCGCAGCCGCAUCAGGGGUCGCCACAGGGAAGCCCCCCGCACCUCCCCAGCCUGGCGGCCCCGCCCCAGGACGUAAUGCCAGCGCCCGCCGCCGCUCCUCCUCCUCCUCCUCCUCCUCUUCCGCCUCGAGGACCUCCAGCUCCCGCUCCAGCUCUCGCUCCAGCUCCCGCUCACGCCGUGGCGGGGGCUACUACCGUUCCGGCCGCCACGCGCGCUCCCGGUCCCGCUCCUGGUCCCGCUCCCGUUCCCGCUCCCGGCGCUACUCCCGGUCCCGUAGCCGUGGCCGCCGGCACUCAGGUGGGGGCUCCCGAGACGGACACCGCUACUCCCGCUCGCCCGCCCGGCGUGGUGGUUACGGGCCCCGGCGCAGAAGCAGGAGCCGCUCCCACUCAGGGGACCGCUACAGGCGGGGUGGCCGGGGCCUCAGGCACCACAGCAGUAGCCGCAGCCGCAGCAGCUGGUCCCUCAGUCCGUCCCGCAGUCGCAGCCUGACUCACAGCCGCAGCCCCAGCCCCAGCCCCAGCCAGAGCCGUAGCCGCAGCCGCAGCCGCAGCCGCAGCCAGAGCCCCUCGCCAUCACCCGCAAGAGAGAAGCUGACCAGGCCGGCCGCGUCCCCUGCUGUGGGCGAGAAGCUGAAAAAGACCGAACCUGCCGCUGGUAAAGAGACAGGAGCUGCCAAAGUCAGUAAGAAUUUGGAACUCGCCCGUCUAAUUCCCGUCAGCAGCAGUGCCCAAGAGCUGGGCCUGCCCAAGCUGACGCCUCAGGAGAAGCUGAAACUGAGGAUGCAGAAGGCGCUGAACAGGCAGUUCAAGGCGGAUAAGAAGGCGGCACAGGAGAAGAUGAUCCAGCAGGAGCAUGAGCGGCAGGAGCGGGAAGACGAGCUUCGAGCCAUGGCCCGCAAGAUCCGGAUGAAGGAGCGGGAACGCCGAGAGAAGGAGAGAGAAGAGUGGGAACGCCAGUACAGCCGGCAGAGUCGCUCACCCUCCCCCCGAUACAGUCGAGAAUACAGCUCUUCUCGAAGGCGCUCAAGGUCCCGAUCCCGAAGCCCCCAUUACCGACAUUAGGCAGAAGAGGGAGGGGUGGGGAGGACAAGGGGGUGGGGUAAGGGGCUUAAGCUGUGAUGCUGCUGGUUUUAUCUCUAGUGAAAUAAAGUCAAAAGUUAUUUAAUUCCUGUCA